AUGGCCACUGACCCCAUUUUGAGUGAAUGGCAAUUCCGGACGGGCGUGUACACACCCAAACAGUUCAUGAGGGAGAUCGCCACCCUGGUAGAAAGCGUCAUCAUCCAGCUUGGCCCAGACUCGCCUGGGGAAGCAGACACUCGCUCAAUCCUCUUUGACGGGCUCCGAUCCAGCUUAUCGCACGAAGGUCGCGAAGCAACACUGCAUCUGGCAGAUUGGAAAAGCGACGAGCCAUCGCCAAUAACACAGCAUAUCCUCAGAAUUGGAAAGACCCUUGACAACUAUGCUCACGAGUACAGCGGCGUCGUGCCGGGAGAUGCUAGUCUCACAAUCUUCAGCCCUUGUGAAGGACAUAGAUGGGUUCCACCAGCAGGACGGCUGUUACGGAGUCAUCGCAGCUCACCCAACUUGAUGAUGCUCUACAAUGAGUGGCUCCAUCAAAUCACUUGCCUUCGGGAUGGAUUGAUUCCCUUCGAGAACUUCGAGGACGUCCAGCUCAACCCCUACACACAAUCGUCUCCCGCAAUUAUGGUGGAAAAUGCCGCCGUGUAUCCUGUUAUUAUGAAGGCAAGCAAUGAGGUUGAGCGUUUGGCUUUGCUAAGAAAACUUGAGCAGGUUGGGGUGUACUGGUCUAGCUAUGGAGAGCCAGGAUCUGAGACGGAUGGGAAUAAGAACGCGGUGCCUCGAUUCUUGAUUAUUGGAACGGACCAGCAACUUUGUUCGUUUUCUACCUAUUGCAAAAUCCUAGGGACAAUGGAUGGUCGUGUUGCCAGCAGCCCCAGCAGCACGGGCUCGGGUCUCUGGACCAACACACCAGUCGACAUGAAACAAAUACCUCUCACUUUCGAAAAUAUCAAAAUAUCAGCGCCGGAUCUAGGGUUCGUUCAAGUUCACACGCUUGCACGAGCAGUCGUCAACACAUUCGGCUAUGACCAAAUUGCGUGGAUCUCUCGUCAUGUCCUAACGCCGCUGGGUUUGGCACGACCGCCGGGGCAAAAGACAAUAAUUGACGGAUUCACUGGCUUGGUAAAGCCAGGUGAAAUGUUAUUGGUACUCGGACGUCCAGGCAGCGGUUGUUCAACGCUGCUUCGAGCGACCGCCAACAGAUCAACCUUGAGCAUUACAGGCGAUGUUCACUACGCCGGAAUAUCUCAUAUAGACUUUUAUCAGAAACACAGGAGAGAAACGAUAUACCUCCCAGAAGAAGAUAAACAUAUCCCCUCUCUAACAGUGCGACAAACACUAGAAUUCGCACUCCGUAUGGGCGCUCCAAAAAGUCAUCGUGGUGGAAGCAACAUCAGCGACGCGGCUUCAGAACUGGCGGCCGUGUUCGGCUUAGAGCACGCUCUCCAUUCAACGGCAUCUGUGAUUUCAGGCGGAGAGCGUAAAAGGCUUUCCAUUGCUGAAGUAUUGGCUUCAGGAUCGUCUGUGCAGUGCUUCGACAACAGCACGCGUGGGCUCGAUUCAUCAACUGCGUUGGACUUUGUCAAAGCACUUCGAAGAAUGACAGACAUUUCACAGAAGACAACACUCGCGACGCUCUAUCAGGCUGGCGAAGGUAUAUACGAGCAAUUUGACAAGAUUAUUCUACUUGAUACAGGCCACCAAGUGUAUUUUGGACCAAUUCAUGAAGCAAAGUCAUACUUUGAGGACUUGGGUUUUAUAUACGAAAGUGGACAAACGACAUCUGAGUUCCUCACUACCGUUACGGAUCCGACAAGACGAAAGGUGCGGGAGGGCAGCAUUGCUGAAUCACUCAAGACACCCAAGGAGCUUGCUGAAGCCUUUCGAUCAUCUACCGUCUUUUCCCACUUACAAUCUGAGAUUUUCGAAGCCAAAAAGGGUCAAUCUUCAAAGCCAGACUUGGUUCCAACAUCAAAGGUCAACCACUCCUAUCCGAGGCAGAUACUGGAGUGUCUAAGGAGAGAGGUUCAACUUAUCAAUGGAAGGCGUCAGGUCUACUAUCAGAAAUGGAUCAACACCAUUAUUCUUUGCUUAGUUGUUGGCAGCGAGUAUUUCAGUAUUUCGACGAAUGCCUCCGGGGCCCUCACCAGGGAAGGUGCUAUUUUCUACGCCAUCAUCGCCAAUGCAUGGAUGCAGUACCCCGAGUUGUUUGAUGCGCACUCUAAUCGAGCAGUUCUUGAGCGGCAGUCCUCUCUUAGCAUGUACAGGGCCUCCGCUGUUGCGGUUGCACGCAUCAUUAUCGACAUUCCAAUGAUUGCCCUGCAGCAUGCUUGGUUCAUGGUUGCAUACUACUUUCUUGCGCACCACACUGUCGUGUACACGGCCGGAGACUUUUUUUAUUUUUACCUUGUUCUGUGCCUUUCCACCAUCAACUUCGCAAACUCGCCCAGAAUGUUUGCGUAUUAUGUGCCCAACGUUGAAGAUUGUUUCCGUUUCGGCGGAAUUGCCUCGACUACAACUGUCUACUUUGCCGGUUUCCUUAUACCCAUCAACAAGAUGAAACCUGUCUGGUCAUGGCUACAUUAUAUCAGUCCUCCACGAUAUACCUACGAGGCCUUGCUUACGAAUGAGUUUCACCGAGUGAAUAUAACGUGUGACGAUGGGCUUAUCCCACAGACGGCUGGUGCCACCUCGGCCAACCAGAUAUGCGCCAUCCGGGGUGCGAGAGCUGGUCAGCCAUCAGUGCCAGGUCUACAGUAUGUCGAGUCGUUCGGCUUCAGUUACUCGAAUCGGUGGCGAAACGUUGGCAUCUUGAUCGCGUUUGCCGUAGCAUACAUGCUUGUCGGCGUAAUCGGCAGCGAAAUCAUGCAUUUCACGCCGCAAGGUGGAAGCCCUGUCGUCUUUGCUGCACAGCGCAAAGAAAAUGGCACCGACAAGAAGAAAAAUGGCACGACUGAUGUGGAAAAAUCGGCCGCCACUGAUGGUGAACAACCAAAGGUCCAUGCCGGUCCAAGCCUUAUCUGGAAAGACCUUACCGUAGACAUAGGCGAUAAAAGAAUCUUAAACGGGAUUUCUGGUUAUGUUCGACCUGGGGAACUUACUGCUCUCUGCGGAGCUUCCGGCGCAGGCAAAACAACUCUGCUUAGCCAUCUCAGCCAGACGAACGCAGCAGGGAAACCCGGAGGCCAAAUAGAGUUUGGUAAUCGGCCACUGGGAAUAUACUUUAAGAAGAUUGCUGGGUACGCGCAACAAUCGGACCUUCACGACGGCACUGCUACCAUUCGUGAGGCAUUGGAGUUCUCAGCGCUUCUCAGACAGCCUUCUUCGUACAGUUCCGAGGAGAGACUUGCCUAUGUGGAUAAAAUUCUUGGAAUAUUAGACUUGGUAGACUUUCAGGACGCACUCAUUGGGGAUGCCGACUCUGGGCUGGGCGUGGAGCUGACCAAGCGUGUUACGAUUGCCGUCGAGCUUGUUGCCAGGCCAAAAAUACUCUUUGCAGACGAACCUACCUCGGGUCUAGAUUCCCAAGUUGCCGCCGCCAUUGUGGGUUACCUGAAACGCCUUACACGCCUCGGCCAGGCCGUACUUGUCACUGUGCACCAGCCCUCUGCGACGUUGUUUCGAACAUUUGACAAUCUUCUUGCCCUGUCUUCAAAUGGGGACCAAAUCUAUUUUGGCACCGUGGAUGACGUUUUGCCUUAUUUCGAAAAGAAUGGUGCACCGGCACCGGCACCCUGGAACGGCAAUCCUGCUGAAUUCGUCCUCGAGACAAUUGGUGCAGGCAUAGGAGGCAAGGGAGCAACUACGUCUCGAGACUGGGCUUCAAAGUGGAAGGAUUCCCCUGAAGCUCGAGCCGUAUCCGAUGCAAUCCAGAGGAUCAAGAACGGCCCAGACUGGCAAGAGACGACUGAGCUUCAAGAAGCUUUCAACACCCCUUCACUCAUUCAGACUUUGUUACUGACGAAAAGGAUGCUACUCAACCAGUGGAGAAAACCAGCCUACAUCUAUAGCAAGAUUUGGGUUCAUGUCAUUCAGGCGAUUCUGAUUGGAUUCACCUUUUUCCAACUAGGUACCUCACCUGUUGAUUUACAGAGCAGAGCAUUCGGUGCCUUUUCCCUCAUCUUUCUGGUCAACACCAUCGUCAACCCAAUCUUGGCACGUUUUUUUGGACAGCGGCUCCUUUGGCAGGCACGAGAAGGGCCGUCUCGAACUUACAGCUGGAUUGCGCUUUGUAAUGCCAGCUUCCUGGCCGAAAUACCAGCCAUAAUCGUCACUGGUGUUACGUAUUUCCUACUAUGGUACUUCCUUACAGGACUUCCGCUGGGUGAAGCCGCGGGUUACGCAUUCUUACUAGUCAUGAUUUACGAAGUGUUUGAGAUGAGCUUCGGCUUGUUUGUCACUGCCCUGAGUCCCGAUCUUAAAUUCGCCGGGCUAGUUCUUGUGUUCCUUGUCACCAUAUUCAAUUGGUUCAACGGCGUGGUCGUGCCAUACCAUCAGAUUCAAGUAUUCUGGAGAUAUUGGUUGUAUUACAUCAACCCCCUCACAUACCUCUUUGGGGGCAUGAUUAUCGCUGUCAAUGCCGGCGUAAACGUGAAUUGUGACGAGGAUGAUCUCUUCUCGUUCCCGCCUCCAUCCGGUCGGACGUGCGGCGACUAUGCCAGCGCUUGGGCACAACAGGCUCGGGCGAACCUGACGAAUCCGCUCUCUACAGAUAUGUGCCAUGUCUGCCAAUAUAUUUCGGGAGACCAGUACCUCGCCAGGUACAAUUUGCACAACGGCCAGUUGGCGAAUAAUAUGUGGGCAUACCUGGCUGUUUUCCUGCUAUUUACGCUGGUUAACGUUGCCUGCUUUUAUUUGUUUACAUGGGCCACAAAGGUCAAGCGGUGGAAGCUAUUUUACUUUUUUUGA